CGCCUUACGAGUUGUUGAGCUCGUUCAGACGCGCGUGAAUAGGCCUGAAAUGCUGUGCUAGCUGGGAAGCUGGAGGACUGAGGAGGCUGCUGUCGGUGGAGAGAUGGAUGUUUUCCUUAUGAUCCGGCGUCACAAGACGACCAUUUUCACCGACGCGAAGGAGUCAACCACAGUGUAUGAGCUGAAACGGAUUGUGGAGGGAAUAUUAAAGAGGCCCCCUGAAGAGCAAAGGCUGUACAAGGAUGACCAGUUGCUGGAUGACAGCAAGACGCUGGGGGAUUGUGGGUUCACCAGUCAGACAGCUAGACCCCAGGCUCCUGCGACUGUGGGGCUAGCCUUCCGAAUCAAUGAUGAUGCUUUUGAACAGCUGCGAAUUGACCCCUUCUCCAGCCCACCUGAGCUACCCGACGUCAUGAAGCCACAGGAUUCUGGGAGCAGCGCCAAUGAGCAGGCUGUGCAGUGAAAAGAAGAAAAUGGGGGAUGACCUUGCAGCUCUCCAUAACAUCUCGCCCUCUUCUUCCACCCACAUCUACUAGACACAAUCCCCCCCCUCACCCCCCACCCAUCCCCCAUAUACUGGUAUCCAUGUGAGCCACAGACCAGGAUUUCUGGGCAAAAGGACAUGGCUGGUUUCAGGGCAGAUUACUCCUUGUGUCUUUUUGAAAAGAAAACAUAGCAUGCACUGUUGAUUCGUUUGGUUUUUGAUUGUGCCCACCCCAGCCCACACAGCAGUAUAUAUAUAUUCCCCUUAAGAAGAUAAGCGGGCGAGGAUAUUUUGCUAAAUUAAAUUAUUGAGUGGAAUAACCUGUCACCCUGGCCUUGAAGUGUCCUGACCGAGUGCGUUUCUCUCACCGUGUUGGUGGGGUUUUUUAUUUUUUUUAUUUUUAUUUUUUUUUUGUAUCACUGAUGUCAGAAUUGCCACGUCUACAAGGGUCUGCUUUUUAUAAAGGAGCUUGUUAGUUGUAAA